AUGGGGAUUACCUCACGCCUUAUUUGGAAGCCGCACAGGCGGUUGUGUGUGCUCACCGUACGUGCCAUCACCCACUGCCUGCCCCAGGUGUCCAGAAAUCAAAUCGUGCUGGUGAAUGGGGAGGACCUCACGCCUUACAGGGCAGCCAGCAAGAAGAUUUUCUCUGUGCUCUCUCGGUUCGGAACACUCGAAAGGCUCGGAUUGGACGAGGCGUUUGUGGACCUAUCACCUCAAGUGGCAACCAUGGUGGCAGCAGGAAGCUUCAAGGAAGGCUUCCUUGGGCAUGUGGAGAGGGGUGCAGCAGCUGAGAUUGAAAGGGAAGGCGGACGAGGAAGUGAGAAUGGUCGUUGUCUGUUUCUGGGGCCAGGAGAGUGCCACUUGGCAGCCGGCAGUUGGUUGGCCGGCCAGGCAAAGCGAGCAGUGGAGGAGGAGACGGGGUAUCAAAUGUCUUGUGGGGUGUCGCACAAUAAAAUGCUAGCCAAGCUUGUGAGCUCGCGCCACAAGCCCAAUGACCAGACGACACUUGUCGCGUCCGCAGCCAUGGAUUUCAUCUCCAAUCUGCCCGUCAGGAAGGUGCCAGGUGUCGGCAGGCGAUUGGAGGAGCAGCUUGCCUCCAGGGGUGUGACUGUAAUGAAGGGUCUUCUCACCUUCUCUCUUCAAGACCUGCAGAUAUGGCUCGGCCCGAAGCUAGCGCCAUUCCUCUUUGGUGCGUGCCGAGCCUACGACCCCACGCCUGUAACAUGCAAGGGUCCAGCCAAGAGCGUAUCAGUAGAGGAUUCGUUCCUGCCCAUCCACUCCCUCGCACAGGCUAAGCCCAUAGUGCAAAGCCUGCUGCCUGACCUGCUCGCACGCAUAGAUGAGGAAUGGGAGGAGACGAGUCGACGACCUAAGACGUUCACUGUGAAAUGGAGGAAGAGAGAGAAGGAGUACAGGUUCACAUCUGCCUCGUGCCCCAUGCCUGUGCAAGCCCUCUCCCCCUCCACCCCUCCUGCCCUACGCCUCUCCUCUCUCCUCCACCUCGCUUCCUCCCUCCUCGCCCGCGCCUUCCCUUCUUCUCCAGCAGCAUCACCUGCUACCAGUGCAGCAGUAGCAAGCCAUAAUGCAGCAUCCUGUUCUAUGGUACCAGUACUUUCUGCUGCUGCUGCUAUCGGUGCAGCAGGUAUUGCCACACACUCCAGAGCUGCUGCUACUGCGUCUGCUGCUGCUGGAGAGGCCGCGUUUCGGCUCCUCCCAGUGAUGGUGAUCAACGUGGGUGCAACGAAUUUCGUCUCCUCUUCUCAGCCGGCUCAGUCUGGCCAGCCAGGUGGCACUGCUGCUGCUGCUGAUGAUGAUGAUGUUGCUCCUGGCGGUGGGAGCUUGCACACGUGGCUCAAACGUAAACCACAAGGAGGAGAGUCAGGGGAGGUGGUAGUUGGAGCGACAGAUUUGACUCGAAGGCAUGCGGAGGUACACAGAGGGGCGACGCGGAGUGGUGGGAUGGCUUGUGUGGUGGAGAGUGGUUCCCCUCAGGUGCUGCCAGUGCGGAGGGAUGCUGCUGGGAGUAUGGAUCGGUGGGUGAAGCCACGAGCAGGGGGUGUUGAGCAGAUGUUACAGGGGGAGGGGAAGCACAGAGAUGGGAGACGGGAGAAAGAUGAGAUGUUUGUAAGGGACGUGGUAUCCGGUAAAGAAAAUGGACGCCCUCAGGUGCUGCCACUUGAGAGGUCUGUUGCUGCUGGGAGUAUGGAUCGAUGGGUGAAGCCACGAGGAGUGAAGGCAGGGAAGGUUGUACAGUGGGGAAGGGAGCAGAGAUAUUGGAGAGAUGAGGAAGAUGAGAUGCGAAGGAGAGUGGGUGGUGAGAGGGUGUGCUCUCAGGUGUUGCCACUGAGGAGGGCUGGGAGUGGGUAUUUGGAACGGUGGCUGGGACCUCGAAUGGGUUUAAAAGAGACUGGAGAGGACAAGGAGGAGGUGAUGCAGGGUGAGGUGGCGCAGAUUAAUAUGCUUACGGUGGAAGAGCAGGCGAGGGAUUGUGAGGGUGAGAAGGUGAGGGAUGGUGAAGGGGAGAAGGUGAUGGAUGGUGAAGGGGAGAAGGUGAUGGAUGGUGAGGGGCGGAAGGUAAGGGAUGGUGAAGGGGAGAAGGUGAGGGAUGGUGAGGGGCGGAAGGUGAGGGAUGGUGAGGGGCGGAAGGUGAGGGAUGGAGAUGAGGAGAAAUACUCUGUUCUGGUGAUGCAGAAUGGUGGGGGUGUUGCAGAAGUGGUUCGAGACUUGAUGCCUGUCGACAAGGAGAAGCUUCCCGUCGCCCUCAUUCCAUCUUCCCGUCGCCCUCAUUCCAUCUUCCCGUCGCCCUCAUUCCAUCUUCCCGUCGCCCUCAUUCCAUCUUCCCGUCGCCCUCAUUCCAUCUUCCCGUCGCCCUCAUUCCAUCUUCCCGUCGCCCUCAUUCCAUCUUCCCGUCGCCCUCAUUCCAUCUUCCCGUCGCCCUCAUUCCAUCUUCCCGUCGCCCUCAUUCCAUCUUCCCGUCGCCCUCAUUCCAUCUUCCCGUCGCCCACAUUCCAUCUUCCCGUCGCCCUCAUUCCAUCUUCCCGUCGCCCACAUUCCAUCUUCCCGUCGCCCUCAUUCCAUCUUCCCGUCGCCCACAUUCCAUCUUCCCGUCGCCCUCAUUCCAUCUUCCCGUCGCCCUCAUUCCAUCUUCCCGUCGCCCUCAUUCCAUCUUCCCGUCGCCCUCAUUCCAUCUUCCCGUCGCCCUCAUUCCAUCUUCCCGUCGCCCUCAUUCCAUCUUCCCGUCGCCCUCAUUCCAUCUUCCCGUCGCCCUCAUUCCAUCUUCCCGUCGCCCUCAUUCCAUCUUCCCGUCGCCCUCAUUCCAUCUUCCCGUCGCCCUCAUUCCAUCUUCCCGUCGCCCUCAUUCCAUCUUCCCGUCGCCCUCAUUCCAUCUUCCCGUCGCCCUCAUUCCAUCUUCCCGUCGCCCACAUUCCAUCUUCCCGUCGCCCUCAUUCCAUCUUCCCGUCGCCCACAUUCCAUCUUCCCGUCGCCCUCAUUCCAUCUUCCCGUCGCCCACAUUCCAUCUUCCCGUCGCCCUCAUUCCAUCUUCCCGUCGCCCUCAUUCCAUCUUCCCGUCGCCCUCAUUCCAUCUUCCCGUCGCCCUCAUUCCAUCUUCCCGUCGCCCUCAUUCCAUCUUCCCGUCGCCCUCAUUCCAUCUUCCCGUCGCCCUCAUUCCAUCUUCCCGUCGCCCUCAUUCCAUCUUCCCGUCGCCCUCAUUCCAUCUUCCCGUCGCCCUCAUUCCAUCUUCCCGUCGCCCUCAUUUCCCGUCCCGUCGCCCUCGUUUCCCUUCCCGUCGCCCUCAUUUCCCUUCCCGACGCCCCCAUUUCCCUUCCCGUCGCCCUCAAUUCCCUUCCCGUCGCACUCAUUUCCCGACCCGGCGCACUUAUUUCCCUUCCCGUCGCCCUCAUUUCCCGUCCCGUCGCCCUCAUUUCCCUUCCCGUCGCACUCAUUUCCCUUCCCGUCGCCCUCAUUUCCCUUCCCGUCACCCCCCAUUACCCUCCCCGUCGCAAACAUUACCCUUCCCGUCGCCCUCAUUUCCCUUCCCGUCGCACUCAUUUCCCUCGAGUCCUCCCUCCCCCUCAUCCGCCCUUCCUCCACCUCUCCAUCCUCUCAUCCUCCCUUCAUCUCAUCCUCCCUUCCUCUUAUCCGCCCUUCCUCUCAUCCUCCUUUCCUCUCAUCCACCCUUCCUCUCAUCCUCCCUUCUCUCAUCCUGUCUCCCUCUCAUCCUCUCUUCCUCUCAUCCGCCCUGCGUCUCGACCUUCCUUCCUCUCGUCCUAUAUCAGGCAGAAAAACAAGAGAGAGAGAGGGGUUAGGGAGUGA